CGGAUAUUGCUCGUAUUCUUGCACAGAAAUAGGAGAAUUUAAAAUAAUUACGUGAUGCCAAUAAACCUGGACAUAUUUUCAAUAAUAUUAUAAUAUCUAACAUUGAAAUUGUAAACAAAUGUGUUGGGCAGUAUUUCUUGCAUAUCUGUGCGUAGUAGGAUGUGUCGUCGGUUUAGGAGCUCUAGCUGGAUGGAUUUUUGGCUUGGUAUUUAAGUAGUUGAAAUACAAUAUACCUAUUUAUAUAUAUUUAUAAUUACGUCACAAUAUAUAUAUUGUGUACCAAUUUAAAAGUAUAGAAGAGCUAACUUCAUGUGUUGUGCAGCCAUUUUUAGUUUAUGUUGCGCAGUUGUCUGUUUUAUUGCGGCAAUAGUAUGGUUUUUCGCGUGGCUUUUGGGCUGAGUUUGAAAUGAUAUAUGAAGGUUUUGAAUUUCAUGAGUUGCCUCUUUAUUCGUCUCGUAAUUUUUGUGUGUAUUGUAUUGUUGAUAUUUAUAAUACUCAUAAUUGUGUUAUGGUCUACUAGUUUAAUAUAAGAGUAUAGAACGUGAAUGUCUGUUUACUGAAAAAUAAUUGCGGAUCUCAAAUAUGUCAAAGGAGUGUCGAAAUGUCAUUUUUGUUGGUAUGAACUUAUGGAUAUAUACAACAAAAUAUCAGAUUGUUUAAGAAUAUUCAACAAAAUAUUUACUUGGCAAGUUCUUGUCAUGUUCAACUCGUGGCUUGCUGCUACUUUGCUUGUUAUCUGUAGAAAUAUAUCGCCAACACUACAGAAAUACAAUAUUUUCUGGAGUGACAUAUUCCUAUAUAGCAUACUGAACUACCGUCCAAUAUAUCUUGCUUAUAUUUCUGGAAGGUUCCAGAAAGAACAUAAAAAAACUGUGACAAUUCUUCAGCAAGUACUUAUGCAUGAUACUGAAUACUACGAUCAAGUGAAAACAAUGCUAGACCUCGUCUUAAUAAAGAAGAUGAAUAUUUCUGCCAAAGUGUUCCCGGUCAGCCUAUCCAUAGUACUGAGCUUCUCAGGCCAGGCCAUAUCUUUUGCUGUACUCAUGAUACAAUAUUUCUAUAUGCACCAGUUUCAAUAAAGUGAUAUGUAGCUAUACAUUUUUAGUUUUUAUUUAACCUGCACAUUUCAAAUUUAUGCCAUCGUAAAUUUCUGCAACUGGGUCUCAUUGCUACGUUGCGGCUCCGUUGUUUUACAUUGCGU